GGGGCGCGGACAUGGGGCCCCCGGGGCGCAUCGUCACCAUCAAGCGGAGCGGCCUGGACGGCCCGCACUUCCCGCUCAGCCUCAGCUCCUGCCUGUUCGGAAGGGGCGUGGAGUGUGACAUCCGCAUCCAGCUUCCUGUUGUGUCCCGGCAGCACUGCAGUAUCCAGGUCCGGGAGCAGGAGGCCACCCUGUUCAACUUCAGCACGGUGAACCCUACGCGGCUGAACGGCGCCGUGUUGGCGGAGCCCGCACAGCUGAGGCACGGCGACAUCAUCACCAUCGUGGACCGCUCUUUCAGGUAUGAGAAAGAAAAUCCCCCAAGUGGGAGCCAGUCGGCAGCAUCCCCAGGACCUCGGGGCCAAGGCCACAAGCAGGUUCCCCAGCGUCGGGCUUCGGGGGCCGCCCGCUCUGAUGUGGGAGCUGGAGAUUCCACAGAUGCCCCCGGGGACACUGUCCCGGCAAGUCCUGAGGUAGCUGUGAAGAGUGUCCCGGCAGCUGCUCCCGGCCAGGGCGCCGAGGGCCACGCCGGUGGGAAGGCGCUGACCCCAGUCGGCACGUCGGAGCCGGCCGGGGCCCCGCUCACCACCCCGGGCCCCCAGAACCACGGCAGGAACGCCUCCCCCUUCCAGAGCCUGUACGAGUUGAUGAAGGAAGACCUAGAUGCCAGGGCGGAGAAGGAGAAUGCCCCCGGGAGCGGGAGGACACCGGGGCCCCACGGGCGCCCCCACACCCCCCAGGGGAACGCCCGGCCCCUGGAGCCUCGGCGGAAAUCGGGGCGCGGCUCCCCGACCCCCAUGGGCCCCGUCUGCGGAGACCAAGGGGGCGGUGAGGGGCGGCCCUCGAGCCCUGGCCGCCCCUGUGCCGGGACCCCCAAAGCCAAGAGCCCAGCACAGUCCCCGCAGCACAGCUCCUCUCGGAAGCGGCGGGAGAAAGGCUCUGGAGGGCUCCCCGGAGCAGCCCCUGUGAGCCGGGCCCCGCAGGAAGGCCCCCCAGCAGAAGACGGGCCGCUCGCUCCUCAGCCACCCAGCCAUGCUGGGGCCACCGACCCCGUGGGGGGCUCGCCUCCCGAGCUCCGGCCCACAAAGAGGGGGCGCAGCCUCCCCCAGUCUGCGGGACUCUGGGUGCAGAGCCCCGCCGUGCUGGCGCCGCUGCUGGUCCAGGAGGAGAGGGAGCAGCAGGACGAGGCUGGCAGCGGCUCGGGGCCCCUCUGUGAGCCAGAGGGGCUGCCCCUGAAGAGAAGGCGGGUCUCCUUUGGGGGGCGCCUGAGGCCCGAGCUGUUUGACGAGAACCUGCCCCCCAACACUCCUCUCAAGAGAGGCGAGACGCCCGCGAGGAGAAGGUCCCUGGCGGCCCACACGCCAGCCGUGCUGAAGAAGAUCAUCAAGGAGCUGCCCCCGGCGGAGGACGAGGCAGCCCCGGCACAGGCGACAGCCCCAGCCCCCGAGGAGCAGCGCCGUAGGUCCGUCCGCGCGGCCCCUGGCCCCGAGGACAAGGACAAGGACAAGGACGGUGCCGCCCCGCGACGUGCCCCGCGGAAGAGCGGGCAGCACGGGCUCCUGCGCUUGAUCUACUCCCGGAGGCGGAGCGGCGCCUCGGAGGCCAACCUCAUGGUGGCGAGGUCGUGGGCAGAUGUGGUCAAGCUGGGCGCCAAGCAGAUGCAGCAGAGCAGGGCGGCCAGGCAGCCUGCCCCGCGGAGGGAGCCGGGCCGCAAGCAGCGGAGGCCGCCCACCCCCAAGAAGCCGGCCACCCCUGUGCCCGGUGGGCUGAGCACUGGCCACGCUAACUCGCCCCGCACCAUCACCGUCGGCAGGGCACAGCUGCCCAGGGCCUGCGCCCCGCCCCGCGCCCCCAGCCUGCUCGGCCACCUGGCCUGCCGCAAGCCGGACUUCAGCGAGGACCUGUCAGGACUGACUGAAUUGUUCAAGACUCCCGUGAGAGAGAAGCCACCCAGGAAGAGCUCGCACCUGGCCGAGCGCCCAGGCCCAGAGGCUUCACCCCGGAAGUCGCCAAAAGGACCGAGUUCCGGAGCCAGCCCCGGAAGAGGGAGAGACUCCACAGCACUGCACCAUCCAUGGAGCUCUCUUGGCUCCCUCCAUGGUGUUCCCAUUUGUUUCCAGGGCUCGAACCCGGGGUCUCUGCUCAGCAAGGCACGUGUUUUACUGGGCCCUCAGAGAGCAGCAGAGGAGACCGCAAGUCCUGCCUUAAGGCGGCAGAGCGGCAGCAGCAACAAAGGGGCCGUGAAGACAUCCCGGGGCGGCAAGUCCACAGCAGGGGCACAGGAGCCUGAGAGGGACGCGAGGGAGAGCCGUCUGCCCUCCAGCGCCGGGAAGAGCGUCCAAGCAGAAGACAGCUCCAGAAAGAUGCCUACGCCCAGGCCAUCGAGAAGAACUUCAGAGCUGAGGCCAGAGGCGGCGGACCUGGUCGGGCAGGAGGAGUCCCCAGACAUGGAAGCCACCAAAGAACAGGCAGACACCCCGAGUCUUCCCCGAGGGCACGAGCCCAGGGAGGCAGGAGAUGACAAGGCGGACAUGCCCUCCACAGCUCUCAGAGCAGGGCCCGGCGGCACCCCAGGCACAGGCAGCCGACUGAGGACCCCUUCACGGAAAGAGGACAGGCCCCUGGGACUCGCUGGGUCCCCUCACACCCCAGGGGCGCCCACACCCACUCUCACAGAUGAUGACAAGCAGAUGACACUGGUCCAAGAGACCCCAAAGCAGCACCUGCAGCCAACAGGAGGUGUCACAGGAAGCAGAAGGAGGCCCAGAGCUCCCAGGGCGAAGACCCCAGCCCUGGAGGACCUGGAGGGGGUCAGGCAGCUCUUCCAGACCCCGGGUCACGCCACAGAGCCAGGGACUGACCAAGCCAGUGAGGCACCCAGCACAGCUCCCAAACCAGAGCCUGUACUCACUCCAGUCAGCACAAGCAGACGACUCAAGACCCCCUCACGGAAAGGAGAUAAGACCCCAGUUCUCACUGGGUCCCCACACGCCCCAGGGGCACCCACAGACAGCAGGGAGACCCCCAAGCAGAAGCUGAAGCUGGAGCCAGCAGAGAACAUCCCUGGGAGCAGGAGGCCGCCGAGGACCCCCAGGAGACAGGCCCCAGCCCUGGAGGACCUGGAGGGGGUCAGGCAGCUCUUCCAGACCCCGGGUCACGCCACAGAGCCAGGGACUGACCAAGCCAAUGAGGCGCCCAGCACAGCUCCCAAAACAGAGCCUGUACUCACUCCAGUCAGCACAAGCAGACGACUCAAGGCACCAUCACGGAAAGGAGACAAGACCCCAGCUCUCACUGGGUCCCCACACGCCCCAGGGGCACCCACAGACAGCAGGGAGACCCCCAAGCAGAAGCUGAAGCUGGAGCCAGCAGAGAACGUCCCUGGGAGCAGGAGGCCGCCGAGGACCCCCAGGAGACAGGCCCCAGCCCUGGAGGACCUGGAGGGGGUCAGGCAGCUCUUCCAGACCCCGGGUCACACCACAGAGCCAGGGACUGACCAAGCCAGUGAGGCACCCAGCACAGCUCCCAAACCAGAGCCUGUGCUCACUCCAGUUAGUACAAGCAGACGACUCAAGACCCCCUCACGGAAAGGAGACAAGACCCCAGCUCUCACUGGGUCCCCACACGCCACAGAGGCACCCAUGUCCCCACUCACAGAUGAUGACAAGCAGAUGACGCUGGUCCAGGAGACCCCAAAGCAGCACCUGCAGCCAACAGGAGGUGUCACAGGAAGCAGGAGGAGGCCCAGAGCUCCCAAGGCGAAGACCCCAGCCCUGGAGAACAUGGAGGGGGUCAGGCAGCUCUUCCAGACCCCGGGUCACGCCACAGAGCCAGGGACUGACCAAGCCAGUGAGGCACCCAGCACAGCUCCCAAACCAGAGCCUGUGCUCACUCCAGUCAGCACAAGCAGACGACUCAAGACACCAUCACGGAAAGGAGACAAGACCCCAGUUCUCACUGGGUCCCCACACGCCCCAGGGGCACCCACAGACAGCAGGGAGACCCCCAAGCAGAAGCUGAAGCUGGAGCCAGCAGAGAACGUACCUGGGAGCAGGAGGCCGCCGAGGACCCCCAGGAGACAGGCCCCAGCCCUGGAGGACCUGGAGGGGGUCAGGCAGCUCUUUCAGACCCCGGGUCACGCCACAGAGCCAGGGACUGACCAAGCCAGUGAGGCGCCCAGCACAGCUCCCAAAACAGAGCCUGUACUCACUCCAGUCAGCACAAGCAGACGACUCAAGACCCCCUCACGGAAAGGAGACAAGACCCCAGUUCUCACUGGGUCCCCACACGCCCCAGGGGCACCCACAGACAGCAGGGAGACCCCCAAGCAGAAGCUGAAGCUGGAGGCAGCAGAGAACGUCCCUGGGAGCAGGAGGCCGCCGAGGACCCCCAGGAGACAGGCCCCAGCCCUGGAGGACCUGGAGGGGGUCAGGCAGCUCUUCCAGACCCCGGGUCACACCACAGAGCCAGGGACUGACCAAGCCAGUGAGGCACCCAGCACAGCUCCCAAACCAGAGCCUGUGCUCACUCCAGUCAGCACAAGCAGGCGACUCAAGACCCCCUCACGGAAAGGAGACAAGACCCCAGCUCUCACUGGGUCCCCACACGCCCCAGAGGCACCCAUGUCCCCACUCACAGAUGAUGACAAGCAGAUGACACUGGUCCAGGAGACCCCAAAGCAGCACCUGCAGCCAACAGGAGGUGUCACAGGAAGCAGGAGGAGGCCCAGAACUCCCAGGGCGAAGACCCCAGCCCUGGAGGACCUGGAGGGGGUCAGGCAGCUCUUCCAGACCCCGGGUCACACCACAGAGCCAGGGACUGACCAAGCCAGUGAGGCGCCCAAGGCAGACCCAGCUGACACUCCAGUCAGCACACAACUGAAGACACCGUCACAGAAAGGAAACAAGACCCCAGCUCUCACUGGGUCCCCACACACCCCAGGGGCACCCACAGACAGCAGGGAGACCCCCAAGCAGAAGCUGGAGCCAGCAGAGAACGUCCCUGGGAGCAGGAGGCCGCCGAGGACCCCCAGGAGACAGGCCCCAGCCCUGGAGGACCUGGAGGGGGUCAGGCAGCUCUUCCAGACCCCGGGUCAGGAUGCUGAGCUAGUGACAGACCACCUGUGCCAGCUCUCACAGACUCAGCCGGUGGACCUGUCUCUAAGCAAGAGAAGGCCGCACACUCACAUGGGGAAGGCCGGCGCUGGGGCUGGUGAGCCAGAGCCUGGGGUUACCCCUGAAGAUACCCCACUGUUGAAGGGAGCCCCUGAGCAGAAGCAGAAGUCCGGAUCCCAGGGGACCAAUCUGAGGAGGCAGCCGAGAGCGCCCAGGGAGAAGGCCCCGGCCCUGGAGGACCUGAGUGGCUUGAGCGAGCUCUUCCGGACCCCCGAGCACACCCAGGAGCCCUUGGAAGUUGAGGAGCCCCCGGAAAGACCCUACCCCUUCAGCACACCAGUGAGUGGAAGAAGACGACUUCAGACUCCACUGGGCAGUGUGACAGAGAGGAUGGAACUGUCGGCUUUCCAGAGUUCCACAGGGACACCAAGGGACACUGCAGUGACAGGGCCCGCCGGUGAUGGUGAUGGCACCAGAUUGCUGCAGGGAACUCCAAAUCGGGGACUGGAGCCUACGGGACAUGUGAGCAGAAGCAGGAGGCGGUCACAGGUGCCCCUGGCCAAGGCCCUCCCCCAGGAGGACCUGAACGGCCUCCCUGAGCUCUUCCAAACCCCCCAGCAAGCCAGGGAACCUCAGAUGCAUGAACUGACCACAGCAUCCAGCACAACUCCCAAACCAAAGCCUGACCUCAGUCCAGUCAGCACAACCAGAAGACUCAAGACUCCCUCACGGAAACAAGACAGGCCCUUGGGACUCGCUGGGUCCCCACACACCCCAGGGGCGCCCAUGUCCCCACUCACAGAUGAUGACAAGCAGAUGACACUGGUCCAGGAGACCCCAAAGCAGCACCUGCAGCCAACAGGAGGUGUCACAGGAAGCAGGAGGCCCAGAGCUCCCAGGGCAAAGACCCCUGCCCUGGAGGACCUGGAGGGGGUCAGGCAGCUCUUCCAGACCCCGGGUCACGCCACCGAGCCAGGGACUGACCAAGCCAGUGAGGCGCCCAGCACAGCUCCCAAACCAGAGCCUGUACUCACUCCAGUCAGCACAAGCAGACGACUCAAGGCACCAUCACGGAAAGGAGACAAGACCCCAGCUCUCACUGGGUCCCCACACGCCCCAGGGGCACCCACAGACAGCAGGGAGACCCCCAAGCAGAAGCUGAAGCUGGAGCCAGCAGAGAACGUCCCUGGGAGCAGGAGGCCGCCGAGGACCCCCAGGAGACAGGCCCCAGCCCUGGAGGACCUGGAGGGGGUCAGGCAGCUCUUCCUGACCCCGGGUCACACCACAGAGCCAGGGACUGACCAAGCCAGUGAGGCGCCCAGCACAGCUCCCAAACCAGAGCCUGUGCUCACUCCAGUCAGCACAAGCAGGCGACUCAAGACCCCCUCACGGAAAGGAGAUAAGACCCCAGCUCUCACUGGGUCCCCACACACCCCAGGGGCACCCACAGACAGCAGAGAGACCCCCAAGCAGAAGCUGGAGCCAGCAGAGAACGUCCCUGGGAGCAGGAGGCUGCCGAGGACCCCCAGGAGACAGGCCCCAGCCCUGGAGGACCUGGAGGGGGUCAGGCAGCUCUUCCAGACCCCGGGUCAGGAUGCCGAGCUAGUGACAGACCACCUGUGCCAGCUCUCACAGACUCAGCCGGUGGACCUGUCUCUAAGCAAGAGAAGGCCGCACACUCCCCUGGGGAAGGCCGGCGCUGGGGCUGGUGAGCCAGAGUCCGGGGUUACCCCUGAAGACACCCCACUGUUGAAGGGAGCCCCUGAGCAGAAGCGGAAGUCCAGAUCCCAGGGGACCAAUCUGAGGAGGCAGCCGAGAGCACCCAGGGAGAAGGCCCCGGCCCUGGAGGACCUGAGUGGCUUGAGCGAGCUCUUCCGGACCCCCGAGCGCACCCAGGAGCCCUUGGCCAGUGUCAAAACCAAGACCCCCUACAAGCCCCCUAAAGCAGGGCGAGCCAUCACCCCAGCCAGCGCAAAGGGACACAGCAGGACUCCUGUGCCAAAGACGGAAGUGGAGGCUGUCACAACAGCCCCAGGGGCUCUGGCUGCCAUCGUGCCCAUGGGUGAAGAGCCAGCAGGUGACCAUGGAAGCAUCGAGCCUCUCGAGGACACCCCAAAGAAACCGAGGUUGUCAGAAAGUACAGGCAGGAGACAGGGGCAGCCCCAGACGCCCGAGGCCGAGGCCCGCCUCCUGGAAAACAUGGCUGGCUCCAGAGGCCUCCCCCAGACCCCUGAGCACGGGGGGCAGCUGCCGACUAGUGGCCGAGCCUCCCCAGUUCCCUGCAGGUCCCCAGAACCCAGGGAGCCGGCGAGCAAGCGGAGACGGGCGCAGUCUCCUGCAGGGGAGGGGCACGUGGAGCCGGCUGGGCCAGCUGGCGGAGGAAAGCCCCCCGGCCGGGGCACCAGCCCCAGAGUGCUGAGGGCAGCGGCGCGGCAGCAGAAAGCGGGCCCUGCAGGAAACGGCCGUGGAAGCAGGAAGCAGCCCAGAGCAGCCACGCAGAAGCCGGCACCUUCCGAGGGCCUGGCGGGCUCCGGCGAGCCCCCUCCAAGCCCAGCUCCCACUGCCGAGCCGGUGGCCGCGAUCAGAACCUGCAGGGUGCCCCGCCGACCCCAGGAAGUAGAGCCAGCCGCUCCCACCAGCAGGGCCAGGCGCCCCAGGGCACCCGUGAGGAAGGGGGAGGCAGAGGAGUUGCCCCCGGCUCCCAGCAGGCCCCCCAUCAGAGCUGGCAGAGCCGCCCCGGCAGGCAAGGGCACCUCCAUCCCGCCCCCCAAGGAGGCUGCAGAGCAGCCUGAGGAACAGGCCCGCGGGAGCAGGAGGCAGCGCAGAGCGCUGGAGGAGCAGCCCAGGGAGGCCCCGCCAGCCCCAGAGCAGCCGCAGGAGCCCGUGGCUGAGGACGCUGCCUCCCGGCCGGAACCCACAAGCAGAGCCAGGCGGACCAGGGCUCCUGUGGGGAAGAGGGGGGCAGAGGAGGCGCCCCCGGCUCUCAGGAGGCCCCCCAUCAGAACAAGGAGAGCCACCCCGGCACCCACAGAAGUGACAGUUGAUGGCUUGCAAUCACUUAGAGAAAGCGCAAAGCAGGACAUGAGCUCUGGAGAAAACAUCCCUGGGAGCCGAAGGCCGCUCAGAACAGCCCAGAAAAAGGCCCAGCUCCUGGGAGACGUGGCUGAGGGCACAGAGCCCUGCCCGGCCUCCUCACGGAGCCAAGGCCCAGAGGGGCCAAGGACUGACGCUGACAUGCCCAUCAAAUCCUCAGAGCCAGAGCCAGCCACCCCCACCAGCCGGGCCAGGCGCCCCAGGGCACCUGCAGGGAAGGCAGGAGAGGAGUUGCCCCCGGCUCUCAGCAGGCCCCCCAUCAGAGCUGGCAGAGCCACGCCGGCACCCACCACGCCAGUAGCUGAUGGCCACCAGGUGCUUGAGGAAAGCGCAAAGCAGGACAUGAGCUCUGGAGAAAAUGUCCCUGGGAGCAGGAAGCCGCUCAGAACAGCCCAGAAAAUGGUCCAGUUCCUGGGAGACGUGGCUGAGGGCACAGAGCCCUGCCCAGCCUCACCGAGCCCAGAGGGGCCAAGGACUGACGCUGACAUGCCCAGCAAGUCCUCAGAGCCAGAGCCAGCCGCCCCCACCAGCAGGGCCAGGCGCCCCAGGGCACCUGCAGGGAAGGCAGGAGAGGCGUUGCCCCCGGCUCUCAGCAGGCCCCCCAUCAGAGCUGGCAGAGCCGCCCCGGCAGGCGAGGGCACCUCCAUCCCGCCCCCCAAGGAGGCUGCAGAGCAGAAAGUAGAGCCGGAGGAACAGGCCCGCGGGAGCAGGAGGCGGCGCAGAGCACUGGAGGAGCAGCCCAGGGAGGCCCCGCCAGCCCCAGAGCAGCCGCAGGAGCCCGUGGCUGAGGACGCUGCCUCCCGGCCGGAACCCACAAGCAGAGCCAGGCGGACCAGGGCUCCUGUGGGGAAGAGGGGGGCAGAGGAGGCGCCCCCGGCUCUCAGGAGGCCCCCUAUCAGAGCAGGGAGAGGCACGUGUGCUCACAGAGAGCCAGAAGGUGUGGGUGCUGUCCCCCCGUCGCUGGAGGAGACCCCAGAGCAGAAAGCGGACCCGGCAGAAAGCGCAGCGGGCAGCAGAAGGCAGCUCAGAGCCACGAAGGCCUCGGCGCGGACUCAGGGAGUCACAGACCCCACAGGGUUCCCAGCUGACAGCGAGGAGCCCAUCCAAACAUCCAGAAGAGGCCCCAGGCUCCUGAAGGCAGAGUCCAGGGUGGGGCUGGAGGGUCCCGGAGUCACUGUGACUGCCCAGAGCAACAGCCGUGCCGCCCUGCCCCCUCCCAGGGGACGGGCACCAGCCGGAUGCCCCCCAGCGGUCAAGAGACUGCGCUCUGGGACCCCUCCCCAGGGAGCAGAGUCCGACGGGCCAGCCCAGAAGAGACGCAGGACACCCAGUGAGAGCGGCCCUCUGGAGCCCCCUGACUCCAGGGCGGGGAAGAGGGGCCAGAGAGCUUUGCCGCGGAGUGUGGAGCCCACAGCGGACCUGCAGGCACCCGCUCAGGCUCGGCCGCUGCGUGCCAGGCGACCCCAGCAAGCCGCCACAGAAGCGGCACAGCCCACCUUCCUUGCCUGGGCGGGAGAAGCCGUCGGGCGGGCCGUGAAGGGCACUGAGAGGCAGGCCCCGGAGGCCUCCGGAGUGGAGGAGCCGGCCCACACAGAAGCCGGGGCCGGGGCCGGAGAUGCCGGGAGCCGAGCGCGUCCUCGGGCUGGCAGGCAGAACAGGAGGCCCCUGCCCACCCUGGCCGAGGAGGACACCCGCCAGCAGAGCCACGACGAGACGGCCAAGGAGGCAAAGCCACGCCUCGGGGGGUCCAGAGCCAGGAAGCCGGCCGCCCCACCUGCAGGGGACGCCGAGGACAGCGGCCCUCAGCCCAGAGCCGCGCGGGGGCCCAGGAGACGGGCCCCAGAGACCAGACAGGACGAAGACCCCGCGUCCACCAAGAAAGUCCGAACCCGGCGUCGGCAGAGCUGAGAGGCCGGAGGCCGGCUGGGCAGCGGGGCUGUGAGCUCUGCUCCCUUUUGCCCCUGCAGGGGUGUUCUGUAAAUGGGGGGGGGGGUUUCACAUCAAAUGCUGAACCUUUAAAGCUUGGGGGGGGUGCGUUGGGACCAAGCAGGGCCUCGGCCCUGCACCUUGUAAAUGGUGUGUGUGUGUGUGUGUGUGUCGUCCCCGGGUGAGACUGUCCCCACCCGGCAGCCCUCAGGAAACAGACCCACAGACCUCACGGGGAACCACUGGACGGGGGAGUCCUUAGUUCGGGGCCCGGCCUCACCAUCCCCCGGCAGGGCGGCGACUUGGAGCCCUAAGGACCAGCCUGGGCCCCCUGGUACCCAGCAAGCUCAGUCUGAGGCCCUCUGGUCUUGAGGCCUUAGGCCCGGUGUCUCGCCAGGUGAAGCAGCUUCUCGCCCACGGGGAGGCCUGCCCCUUGCCGCCCGUCCUGCUGGCACCUGGCACUCCGGGAGCCCCUCUGUAUAGGGCAGCUCUGCCGGCCGGCCAGGCCCCUCGCCUGCCCGGACUGGGGCUCUGCCUCCGCCGUCUCUUUGCAGCUCGCCUUCCAGCUUCAGUUCGUGCUGUUCCUGUCUCUGUGUUCUGCUUUGUUUGUUCUCGUCCUCUCUUCCCUGAACCAGCCCUCUGCUCCCCUUCCUGGCCUGUCGCUCGGCUUUGCAGGAGCCAGGCGCACAAAGAAUAAAUAUUUUAGGACUAAAA